GUGAACUUCAAUGAAGACAACAUAAUAGAAAACACUUAUAAAAGAAUUACUCUCUGUUCUGGCACGGUAGAAGCAAUGGAAGUCAGAUGGACAAUUCCUCCCAGAGAUAUCUCCAGUCCUAUCGAUCAAGAUCCCAGCGACGGCAUCCCUCGUGCGCCGUUUAUCUUUAGCCUGCCAGACGAACUGCUAAGCAGGAUACUCGAGCUUGUUAUUGUUAAUGACACUGACGAAUGGCAAUAUCGAUAUGUUUCUUAUAUAACCGCUAAAAUUCCAGCUGUUGCAUAUACAUGCAGACGUUUUAGUCGCAUCAUCAUACCCUUUAGCUACCACACCAUACGAAUCGAUCGUUUGAGUACCAAAUUCAAAAGCAUCUCAGUGAGGAAGCUGCUUCGUACAUUCCAGGAAGACCCCUCACUUGGCCGUUACUGCCAUGAGUUGAGGAUUUUCAAGAUUGACACAAGGACUUCGGAACCCGAAGAUGAUUUCUACUUUGUUGAGCAGAUCAUACCUUUUCUGUCAAACGUUAAAUCGCUGUACGUCUCUGGAGGGUUUGGCCCAGAUGAUAAGACGGAUACCUGGAAUCUCAUACGGAGCUGCACGAAACACAUGCCACGUCUUGAAGAGGUGGAGUUGCGUAGACAAUCAAAAUUCGGUUUAGAACUGGCCGAUAUCAUGAUGGGGCUACAGGUACCCACGCUUAAGUAUUUAAAGGCCUUUGGCAUCACUUCACGAAGGGACUCCCCAUUUCAUAUAUUAGGGGGUAUCCAGGCAGCAACCUUCACAAAUCUACACCUGGGUGGCUACCAAGGCACUUCUGAAGCUAUAGGGAAGCUUCUAGCCUGGCCAGACGCUCUCUCCGAAUGCGUUAUUCGGAGUUUCCAGGAAGUUGUACCUGAACUUAAUCUUAUGGUGCUUCGGACGAUGCUCUUUAAGCACAGGAAAAGUCUCAAGGUGCUAGAUAUAGGUAAUUUGGUAUUUCAUGGCUUGGGGGAGCUAUGUGAUUUGUCAGAAUUCGAAGCCUUGGAAAGCUUGACCUUGUCGAAAUAUCAAUUGAAACGUCAAUUGGAUGAAAACUCGGGUUCUCAUGAUAACGCUGCAGAAUUACUCCUAGGACCACGUUUAAAGAUUUUCAGAUGGUGUUUUGCUAAUUAUGAUGGAUACCCCGAAGAAUGGUCCGAGUUUGGAGAAAGAGAGGCAGCAUGGCUUCGAACAUUCGCGGAAGCAGCAGUGGCUAAACGAGCGUCACUGAAAGAAAUCAGAAUUCGUUUUAUUCCUGAGCCGAAUUCCGCAACCAGGGACAGCUAUCCUUGGGACCGUUUGGAUAAGUUGAAUGAUGAAUUCUCGCCGCAUGGGAUUGCUUUCUCAUAUAGCACGCCUCCAAUGUCAAGGGAAGAUUGGCUGAAACUUGAAAAUUGAAAUCGUUGAAAACGGUACAUAAGAAGGAAUACGAAAACUCGCAAGCAUAGAACUGGAAACUCGUCUCAAACUCUCAUCCAUCGUAUUGAUAUGUCAAGAGGGAAGCUAGAACGUCAAUUUUGAGUAGCCCAUUUUCUUUACGGCCGAGAUGAAUUGUGUAAAUAUCUGAGUAUCAGCCAAGUAUAAGAAAGUUGG